ACUGUGAACGCGAAGUGGAUGCCAGAAGUAAAAGUCAGGAUCCAGCUGUUCUGAUGGGAGUGUAUAAUAUGCUUCAUUGCUUAGCCACUAUCAUGUGUCUCUGAAAGAUCUUGGAGAAUGGGGCAAAGUGCCACAGGACAGAAAAGGAUUUGCAGUUUCUAAACCAGAUAUGAUCUACCAGAUGGAAAGAAUGGAAUCACCUUGGAUGUCAGAGGCAGAUAUUCAAAGAAGCAACUUUCCAGCUCUCCCUUCUGUGGCCUCUGCUCUGCCCCAGGAGGACAGCCUGGAGGAAGAGGGAAUGGCUCCUGCCCUGACAGCCAGGCCCGGGAAGGAAUCAGUGACAUUCAAAGAUGUGGCUGUGGAAUUCACUAAGGAAGAGUGGGUACAAUUUGAACCCAUCUCAGAAAAAAUUGUACAGGGAUGUGAUGCUGGAGAACUAUAGGAACUUGGUCUUUUUGGGAUUUGCAGCUUCCAGACCAAAUGACAGUGACCAGUUGGAAAGAAAGGAAGUGUCUUCCUUGCCAGAGGCAGAUAUUCCAAGAAGCAGCUGUCCAGAGAGCAGAGAAUUUGCUGGAGAUAAACCUCUUGAAUGUAAUGGAUAUGGGAAUGCCUUCUGGAGCAAGGAGCAUCUUGCUGUGUGUCAGAUAAUUCGUACUGGAGAAAAACCUUAUGAAUGUAGUAAAUGUGGGAAAGGCUUCAGGAGUAAGUCUGAGCUUACUGUGCAUCAGAGAAUUCAUACUGGAGAGAAGCUUUUUGAAUGUAAGGAGUGUGGGAAGGCUUUCCCCUAUAACUCAUUUCUUACUCAACAUCAAAAAAUUCACACUAGAGAGAAACCUAAACCUUUUGAAUGUAGUGAAUGUGGAAAGGCCUUCAGGAUUAAGAAACAACUUACAGUGCACCAGAGAGUUCACACUGGAGAGAAACCUUAUGAGUGUAGUGAGUGUGGGAAGACCUUCAGGAUUAAGACACAACUCACAGUGCACCAGAGAGUUCACACCGGAGAGAAAAAUUAUGCAUGUGCUGCAUGUGGGAAGGCCUUCAGGAUUAAGACACAACUAAUACUGCACCAGAGAGUUCACACUGGAGAGAAACCUUAUGAAUGUAGCGAAUGCGGAAAGGCCUUCAGGAUUAAGACAAAACUUACACUGCAUCAGAGAGUUCACACUGGAGAGAAACCCCAUGAAUGUAGGGAAUGUGGAAAGGCUUUCAGGAGUAAGGAUCGUCUUAUAGUGCAUCAGAGAAUUCAUACUGGAGAGAAACCUUAUGAAUGUGGUGAAUGUAAAAAGGCCUUUAGGAGUAAGGAACAAGUUAAAGUACAUCAGAGAGUUCAUACUGGAGAGAUGCUUUAUGAAUGUAAGCAGUGUGGGAAGGCUUUCCCGUUGAACUCACAUCUUAUUCAACAUCAAAAAAUUCAUACAGGAGAAAAACCUUAUGGAUGUAAGGAAUGUGGAAAGGCCUUCAUGAGAAAGGCACAUCUUAAUGUGCAUGAGCAGAUUCAUAUUGGUAAGUUUCUUUUUGAAUGUAAGGAGUGUGGGAAGGGUUUCCCAUACAACUCAAGUCUUAUUCGACAUCAAAUAAUUCAUACUGGAGAGAAACCUUAUCAAUGUACUGUUUGUGGGAAGGCCUUCAGGACAACAGCAGGUCAUACUGAGCAUCAGAGACUUCAUACUGGAGAGAAACCUUACGAAUGUAGUAAAUGCGGCAAAGCCUUCAGGAUUAAGUCUGAGCUUACUGUGCAUCAGAGAAUUCAUACUGGAGAGAAGCUUUAUGAAUGUAAGGAGUGUGGGAAGGCUUUCCCCUAUAACUCAUUUCUUAUUCAACAUCAGAAAAUUCAUACUAGAGAGAAACCUAAACCUUUUGAAUGUAGUGAAUGUGGAAAGGCCUUCGGGAUUAAGACACAGCUUACAGUGCACCAGAGAGUUCACACAGGAGAGAAACCUUAUGAAUGCAGUGCGUGUGGGAAGGCCUCCAACAGUAAGUCAGAGCUUACUGCGCAUCAGAGAGUUCAUACUGGAGAGAAACCUUAUGAAUGCAGUGAAUGUGGAAAGGCCUUCAGGAUUAACACACAGCUUACGCUGCAUCAGAGAGUUCACACUGGAGCGAAACCCCAUGAAUGUAGGGAAUGUGGAAAGGCUUUCAGUAGUAAGGAUUCUCUUAUAGUACAUCUGAGAAUUCAUACUGGAGAGAAACCUUACGACUGUGGUGAAUGUAAAAAGGCCUUUAGGAGUAAGAAACAACUUAGAGUACAUCAGAGAGUUCAUACUAGAGAGAUGCUUAAUGAAUGUAAGGAGUGUGGGAAGGCUUUCCUGUAUAAGUCACAACUUAUUCAACAUCAAAGAGUUCAUAAUGGAGAGAAACCUUAUGAAUGUGGUCAAUGUCAGAAGGCUUUCCGGACAAAGGCAUCUUUUACUCUGCAUCAGAAAAUUCAUUUUGGAGACAUUCCUUAUAAAUGUAAAGAGUGUGGGAAGGCUUUCCUCUACAACUCAGAUCUUACUCGACAUCAAAACAUUCAUACUAGAGAGAAACAUUAUGAAUGUAGUGAAUGUGGGAGGGCCUUCAGAAUUAAGUCAGAGCUUACUGUGCAUCAGAGAAUUCAUGCUGGAGAGAACCUGUAUGAAUGUAAGGAGUGUGGGAAGGCUUUCCCCUACAACUCACAGCUUAUUCGACAUCAAAUAAUUCAUACUGGAGAGAAACCUUAUCAAUGCACUGUGUGUGGGAUUGCCUUCAGGACAACAGCAGGUCAUACUAAGCAUCAGAGCAUUCAUACUGGAGAGAAACCUUAUCAAUGCACUGUUUGUGGGAAGGCCUUCAGGACGACAGCAGGUCAUACUAAGCAUCAGAGCAUUCAUACUGGAGAGAAACCUUAUGCAUGUAGUGAAUGUGGAAAGGCCUUUAAGAGUAAAACACAACUUACUGUGCAUCAGAAAAUUCAUAGUGGAGACAUUCUUUUUGAAUGUAAGGAGUGUGGGAAGGCUUUCCUGUAUAAGUCAGAACUUACUCGACAUCAAAGAGUUCAUACUGGAGAGAAACCUUAUGAAUGUGAUCAAUGUCAGAAGGCUUUCCAGAGAAAGGCGUCUCUUACUGUGCAUCAGAAAAUUCAUUCUUGAGACAUUCCUUAUGAAUGUAAAGGGUGUGUGAAGGCUUUCCUCUACAGCUCAGAUUUUACUCGACACAAGAAAAUUCAUGCUGGAGAGAAGCCUAAUGAAUGUAAUGAAUAUGGGAACAUUUUGAGAGUGAACAUACACCUUUCUCAACACCAAAAAAUUCAUUCAGGAGAGAAGCCUUAAAUGUGCAAUGCAUGUAGGAAGUCCUUUAUACUGAGGAUACUACUUUAGUCCAUCAGAGAAUUUAUAAGAUUCCUCAUGAAUGUAAGGAGUCUGGGAAGUCCAUUGUAACUCAGAUCUUAUUAAACAUCAAAAAUUGAUGCUGCAAAAAAAACCCUAUGUAUAUAGUGAAUGUGAGAAGGCUUUCGGAAAGAAGUUACACCUUACUGUGCAUCAGAGAAUUCAAAUUGGAGAAAUUCUCUAUGAAUGUGAGUAGUGUAGGAAGCCCUUCUCUCAGAAGUCAGAUGUUACUCAACUUCACAUCAUACCUUAUGAAUGUAAUGUACACGGAAAGGCCUUCCACUUGAGUGUAGGUCUUACUCAAUAUCAGAGCAUUCAUACUAGAGGAACAUGUUAUGAAUGCAGUGAAUGUGAGAAGACCUUCAGGCUGAAGACACAACUUGCUCAACAUCAAAGACUUAAUUCUGGAGGGAAACCUUUUGAAUUUGGGAAAGCCUUUAGACGAAGGACCUACU